CUUGAAUAGUUUAAUUGUUUUCAUUCGGUUUGGCUUGAAUUUCAAUAUUAUGCCCUCUCUUCAAUAGGGGACAUUAUUUCAUACCAAAACUCGUCUUCAAGGGAAUGUUUUCGCGGGUACGAUGGAGCGCAAGGGCAUCUAUGAUUCGAUUUGGGAAAGUUUUAAAUUUUCCAAAUUUAUUAUGCCCGAAAUGAAAUCCACCAAGUUUUUCAAUUGUCACGUAACAAUGGCCGCGUUCAAAUCGUUUUCACUUAUAGUCCUGAUUGUUCUUGCAUGUGCAGUGGCUGGUGUUAGCUGCAAAUUCGAGUUCACCAACCUGAAAUGUACGACCUUGGAACAGGAAUUUGUAGAGUUUGACAGGUGUUUUCUAAAGUCUGUCAACCGGACCUACAAAUACCUCACCGUUAGCACCAAGAUCCACGUGCUCCCGUUAAACAGUGCAUCCAUCCAGACGCAAGUGCUCAAGCGGUUGAACGGCUACAAGCCAUUUCUCUUUAACUUCACAACCGACGCAUGCAUGGUUUUUGGUGGAAAAAUGAAUCCGACGACUCGAUUCUUCUUUGGACUAAUGGCCCCCUACUCGAACAUGAACCAUUCCUGUCCCUACGAUCAUGACAUUAUUGUAGAGAAGCUUCCGAUCAGCUUUCUGAACGAGCAACUCACCAGAGUUCUGCCAUUUCCGGAGGGUGAUUACUGCGUCAAAAAUGUAUACUCGUUCGGUGGAAAACCACGAGCUCAGACCGAGGUACACGUACACAUUUCCUAAAUUGAACAGUAAACAGACAUACCAUAGAUGUAUCACUUCAUACAAGCACCUAACCAUACAGCAUAUUAGAUUUGCCAGUUCAGCAGAUUUUGAAGCGAGAGCUCCCAAAUCGCAUUGAGAGAUUUUAGCUUCGGUGUCGAACCGCUCGCCUCUGGGAGCUGUCGCAGCAUUUUCUGUUGGGACUUUUCUUUAGCUUGGCCUGUAUGAAGUAAUACAAAUAUACGCUAUGGAAAAGCUUUCAAGCCAAGCUUCGAUUGCGA